UCUUAUUGCUGAUCAUGCAUUUGCUAUGGUAAUCAGUUAGUCACACAACCUUUGGACCUUCAGAGAUCAGGCUGUGAUAUUACAUCUCUCUGUGAGCUGCAGGUUUUUACUCUGAUUGCACUGCACCUGUUUGAAGAGACAUUGUCUAUUUCUCAUCAUCAUGUCGGAGGUGCAGGGAUUUCACAUCAACUCUCCUCUCACUGAGAGCAUUAACAUGUCGAAGCGGCUCGGUUCUCCCGUUUAUCUGAAGAUGGAAAGCGUGCAACCUUCCGGUUCGUUUAAAAUCAGAGGGAUCGGACACCUGAUUCAGCAGCUUGCAGGUUCAGAUUCAAACGGUGUAGUCUGUUCUUCAGGUGGAAACGCAGGCUUGGCUACGGCGUACGCAGCACGCAGGCUCAACAUCCCGGCCACCAUCAUAGUGCCUUCGUCCUCACCCAAGCUGGUGGUGGAGAAACUGCAGGACCGUGGCGCCAAAGUGCAUGUCGUGGGGAAGGUGUGGGAUGAAGCAAACGCUGAGGCUCUUCGUCUGGCUGAAAGCGAAAAGCUCACCUUGGUGCCACCGUUUGACCAUCCUCUGAUCUGGAAAGGUCAUUCCAGUCUGGUCCACGAGCUGAAGGCGGCUCUGCCGUGCGAGCCGGGUGCUGUGGUUCUGUCCGUCGGAGGCGGAGGACUUUUCUGCGGAGUCGUCCAGGGCCUGGAUGAAGUCGGCUGGGGUCACGUCCCAAUCCUCUGUAUGGAGACAGUGGGAGCGGAUUGUCUUAAUGCAGCCAUAAAAGCUGGACGUUUAGUAACCUUACCAGACAUUACGAGCGAGGCCAAAUGUUUAGGAGCGAAGACGGCGUGCAGACAAGCAUUCGAGUACAGCAAAAGACCCAACGUCAUCUCCGAGCUAGUGACCGAUCGACAGGCUCUACAGGCAGUGGAGCUCUUUCUUGAUGAAGAGCGUGUGUUAGUGGAAUUAGCGUGUGCAGCCUCGUUAGCCGCAGUGUACAGCAACGUGAUACAGCGACUGCAGGACGAAGGUCGUCUGCACAAACCACUCGGCCCGCUGGUUGUCAUCGUGUGCGGAGGAAGCAGCGUUAACCUCGCUCAGCUGCAGCACCUGCGCAGCGUCUGCAAAUGAACACAUUUCCUUAAUAAAUAACCUCACACAUGGUAGCACAGUAACACACACACACACACACACACACAUACACACACACACACACACACACACACACUGCAGGACUACAUUUCCCAUGAUACUCAGUGCUUCAGGGUCUCAUAUCACAAAAAAAUAUAUUCUCUAAUGAUUUCCAUCAGAAUCCUAAAGGUUUCCAUGAGAAAAUGUUUAAACGGAAUAUGAAGAAAAUAUGAAGAAAAAAUACCACUCAAGCGGUUAAAGUCUGAAAACGUUGUUGCUAGGCAACUAUGAAGAGAGGUAUUGAGCUGAACUUUUUAGCUAGCUAACAAAUCACUGUUAUAAUGAUGUUAUAAAGACACAGCGAUUUUGGGAACAAAACAAAAUGAAUAAAAAUAUUUACCUCAAA